GAGAGAGAGAGAGAGUGUGUGUGUGUGUGUGAGAGAGAGAGAGAGAGAGAGAGAGAGAGUGUGUGUGUGUGUGUGUGUGUGUGAGAGAGAGAGAGAGAGUGUGUGUGUGUGUGUGAGAGAGAGAGAGAGAGAGAGAGUGUGUGUGUGUGAGUGAGAGAGAGAGAGAGAGAGAGUGUGUGUGUGUGUGUGUGUGAGAGAGAGAGAGAGAGAGUGUGUGUGUGUGUGUGUGUGAGAGAGAGAGAGAGAGUGUGUGUGUGUGUGUGAGAGAGAGAGAGAGAGAGAGAGUGUGUGUGUGUUUCCAGCUGAGCCGCUGCAGGGUUUAGUUGUGCAGGAGGAGCAGGCAGACCGGGCCGUGUGUGUUCAUGCUCCGGACGUUUAGCAGCAGUUCGCCAUGGCGCUGUGGACGGCCCGAGCCUUGCCCUGCUUUAUCAGUCUGCUCGGUGUGUUAGUUCUGGUACCGGUUCCGGUUCGGUCGUGUCCGAGCCGCUGUCUGUGUUUCCGCACCACAGUCAGAUGUAUGCACUUAAAUCUGGAAACAGUGCCCACGGUCUCGCCCCAGAGCACCAUCCUAGACCUGAGGUUUAACAAAAUUAAAGACUUGAGGCCGGGCUCUUUCAGACGACUGAGGAACCUCAACACACUCCUUUUAAACAACAAUCUCAUCAGAAGAAUCCCAAAAGGAGCGUUUGAGGACUUGGAGAACUUGAAAUAUCUCUAUUUGUACAAGAAUGAAAUCCAGUCGAUAGACCGAGAAGCAUUCAAGGGACUUGUCUCUCUAGAACAACUAUAUCUCCAUUUCAACAACAUUGAAGCGUUAGAACCGGAGUCCUUCGUUCACUUGCCCAAGCUGGAACGGCUGUUUUUGCACAACAACAGAAUAACACACCUUGCACUGGGGACUUUCUCCCAUCUAAAGUCCAUGAAGAGACUGCGUCUGGACUCAAACACACUGAACUGUGACUGCGAGCUGCUAUGGCUGGCAGACCUACUGAAGCAGUACGCAGAGUCUGGCAACGCCCAGGCCGCCGCCACGUGUGAAUACCCCAGCCGCCUGCAGGGCCGAUCUGUGGCCACUCUCACCGCAGAGGAGCUCAACUGUGAGGUUCCUCGGAUCACAUCCGAACCGCAGGAUGUGGACGUGACCUCAGGAAACACUGUGUACUUCACAUGCAGGGCAGAGGGCAAUCCCAAACCCCAGAUCAUCUGGCUAAGAAAUAACAACGCCCUUAACAUGCGAGAUGACUCGCGUCUGAAUCUUCUGGAAGACGGCACCCUGAUGAUUCAGGACACGAGAGAAACCGACCAGGGCGUGUACCAGUGCAUGGCUAAAAAUAUCGCAGGCGAGGUCAAAACAGGAGAGGUCACCUUGCGCUACUUUGGGACACCAUCUCGGCCGAGUUUCGUGAUUCAGCCUCAGAACACAGAGGUGCUGGUGGGAGAGAGCGUGACUCUGGAGUGCAGUGCCACAGGGCAGCCUCAGCCCCGGGUGACGUGGACAAGAGGAGACCGCAGCCCUCUACCCAGCAACUCUCGCGUCAGCAUCACACCCUCGGGAGGGCUUUAUAUCCAGAACGUCAACCAGGCAGAUGGAGGCCAGUACACCUGCUACGCCAGCAAUACUGUGGACACCAUCCACGCCACUGCCUACAUCAUCGUACAGGCUGUUCCUCAGUUCACAGUGACCCCACAGGACCAGUCGGUGUUAGAAGGACAUACAGUGGAUUUCCUUUGUGAAGCGACAGGCUAUCCUCAGCCUUUCAUAGCAUGGACACGUAGCGGCAGUCCUCUCCAGGUUGAUGGGCGUCAUGUGGUCCUGUCCACUGGCACACUGCGUAUUUCUCGAGUGGCCCCUCAUGACCAGGGCCAGUAUGAGUGCCAGGCUGUCAACCCUGUUGGCUCUGUUAGAGCAGCCGUGCAACUUAACAUCCAACAAAGAGUAACGCCUGUUUUCACAAAUGCUCCAAGGGACAUGACUGUGGAGUCUGGUAAUGAUGUCCAGAUUCCAUGCAGCGCUCAUGGAGAGCCCACGCCUGUCAUCACCUGGAACAAGGACGGUGUUCAGGUGACAGAGAGCGGGAAGUUUCACCUGAACCCUGAUGGUUAUCUGAAGGUGAAUGAUGUGGGUCUUGCUGAUGGGGGGCGUUACGAGUGUGUGGCUCGUAACUCCAUCGGAUACUCAUCCGCUAGCAUGGUGCUAACUGUACAAGUGCCACAGGUAAGCAGAGAGGGAGAUCCGUUUGUCUCGACGUCGAUCGAGGAGGCCAUCCGCAGCGUAGACAGCGCCAUAGACUCCACCAGGAGGCACCUCUUUGAUGGCUCGCCCCGCACUCCCGGUGAGCUGCUGGCGUUGUUCCGCUAUCCACGCGACCCUUACACAGUGGAACAGGCCAGAGCCGGAGAGAUCUUUGAGCAAACUCUUUUCCUCAUUCAACGGCAUGUCAACCAGGGCCUGAUGGUGGACACCAAUGGGACAGCUUUCCGUUACAAUGACCUGGUGUCACCACACUUCUUGGACAUGAUCGCGAAUCUGUCUGGCUGUACGGCUCACCGCCGCUUCAACAACUGCUCUGACAUCUGCUUCCAUCAGAAGUACCGCAGCCACGAUGGCACAUGCAACAACCUGCAGCACCCCAUGUGGGGCGCCUCGCUCACCGCCUUUGAACGCUUGUUAAAGUCCGUGUAUGACAACGGCUUCAACUUGCCACGUGGUGCCACAGAAAGACGCCACAAUGGCUUUGCUCUGCCUUUGCCUCGCCUCGUCUCCACCACCAUGAUAGGCACAGAGACGGUUACUCCUGACGACCGUUACACACACAUGCUCAUGCAGUGGGGCCAGUUCCUGGAUCAUGACCUGGACUCCACUGUAGCAGCCCUCAGUCAGUCACGUUUCUCUGAUGGCCAGCUGUGUACAUCGGUCUGCACCAAUGACCCACCCUGCUUCCCUGUCAUGUUCCCGCCCAGUGAUCCACGGCAACGACGGGACGGUGCUCGUUGCAUGUUCUUUGUGCGCUCAAGCCCAGUGUGUGGCAGUGGCAUGACUUCACUGCUCAUGAACUCGGUGUAUCCUCGCGAGCAAAUCAACCAACUGACGUCCUACAUUGAUGCUUCCAAUGUGUACGGCAGCUCAGAUCAUGAAGCAGAGCAGAUACGAGACCUGGCAGGGCAUCGGGGCAUGCUGCGGCAGGGCAUUGUACAGCGCACGGGAAAGCCACUGCUGCCCUUCGCCAGUGGGCCACCCACAGAGUGUAUGCGUGAUGAAAACGAGAGCCCCAUUCCUUGCUUCCUGGCUGGGGAUCACCGUGCCAAUGAGCAAUUGGGUCUCACAGCCAUGCACACGGUGUGGUUCCGUGAGCAUAACCGCAUCGCCAGAGAGCUGCUGCGCCUCAACCCGCACUGGGACGGGGACACUAUUUACCAUGAGGCGCGUAAGAUUGUGGGCGCCCAGGUACAGCACAUCACCUACAGUCACUGGCUUCCCAAAAUACUCGGUGAAGCAGGCAUGAAGAGGAUGGGCAGGUACCACGGCUACGACCCCAACGUUAACGCAGGAAUUUUUAGCGCCUUUGCCACGGCUGCGUUCCGUUUUGGCCACACUCUCAUCAAUCCCAUUUUGUACCGGUUAGAUGAAAACUUCCAGCCUAUCCAACAGGGCCAUAUAUCACUCCACAAGGCUUUCUUCUCUCCCUUCCGUAUCGUAAACGAGGGCGGCAUCGACCCCCUGCUCCGUGGACUGUUUGGCGUGGCAGGAAAGAUGCGAGUGACCACCCAGCUGCUCAACACAGAGCUGACAGAGCACCUCUUCUCCAUGGCCCACGCCGUGGCCUUGGAUCUUGCUGCCAUGAACAUCCAAAGGGGACGUGAUCAUGGCAUCCCUCCCUAUAACGACUACAGGGUGUUCUGCAAUCUCACCUCAGCGCAGACUUUCGAUGACCUGAGGAAUGAAAUUCGCAGCCCGACCGUUCGGGAGAAGCUUCAGAGGCUCUAUGGCACUCCACUGAACAUCGAUCUGUUCCCCGCUUUGAUGGCUGAGGAACUUGUUCCUGGGAGCAGACUGGGGCCAACUCUCAUGUGCCUACUGGCCACACAGUUUAAAAGGCUCCGAGAUGGUGACAGGUUCUGGUAUGAGAACCCUGGCGUGUUUAGUCCAGCUCAGUUGACUCAGCUGAAGCAGGCAUCUCUCACCCGGGUGCUGUGUGACAACGGCGACAACAUUACCCGCAUUCAGUCUGACGUCUUCAACGUGGCAGACUUCCCUCGCGGAUAUGGAAACUGCGAGGACGUGCCCAAGAUCGACCUGCGGAUGUGGCAGGACUGCUGUGAAGACUGCCGCACCAAAGGUCAGUUCAACGCCCUGUCGUAUCACUUCCGAGGCCGCAGGUCGGUGAAGCACAGCUACGCAGAGGAUAACCCUUCUAGAAAGUUGCAUAAUGAUCACAGUGGUAUUGAUGACAGAAACAUUUUAAAUGCAACUCUUUCCUCAAAGUCAAACGCUGAACUGCCAGUAAAUGACUUCCAGGAUUUCGUUAUGGACAUGCAGAAGACUAUCACUAGUUUACGAAAGCAGAUAAAAAGACUUGAAGGCCGUCUGAGUAAGAGAGACUGCGUCGAUGAGGAAGCUAGACACCGGGGGAACAGAGAGACCUGGAAGAAAGACCACUGCACCACAUGCGAAUGCAGAGAGGGCCAGGUGACAUGUUUUGUGGAGAAGUGUCCCCCAACAUUAUGUCCAAAGCCUGAGACACUGAAAGGUGUUUGCUGUCCUGUGUGCCUCGAACAGCCAUCGAAAAUGCAGGCCAAAGAGCAUCACGUAUAACCUCAGGAACACCAAAGCAUUCGAAGAAGAGACUUAACCGAUGCAACCUGCAGCACCUACAUGCCUCAGUGUUUUUUUUUUUUGUACCCCCCCAUAUCUCCAAACAUGGCAUCAGCUGCCAUGUUGCCAGAUUAUCCACUUUUAAAAUAACAUCUGAAUCAAUGGAUGAACAGAUGAAUGCCUAAAAGAUGCUUUCUUCCUCUCUUCCUGCAUCAGGCCUGACCAAAGGGACCAGAAGCCUUUAGAGACCACCUAAAGUGUUGGCCUGCCCCUUCCUGCCCCAUCGCGUGCACUGAAGAGAAAGGAUUACAUUACAACUCGAGCGUGAAUGAAUCCGAUUUCAGCCACAUAAGUCUCUAAAAAGCGUUCUCAGGUUAGAGAUGGCAAAUGGUGCUACUUCCCUAACAUUAAAACCUAUCCAGUGUAUGAAACCGUAAAGGUAUUUCUUUUUUUUUUUUCCUUUUCACUGUUUUUACACAGUAUGCAAAAUGUUCUGCACACUGAGUAUGUGUCUUCCAAGGGUGUUCCUGGUUUUAUAAUUAUGCAAAAGACAUUUUAUAGGAAGAAAUAGUCGAGUUACUCCAGCUUUUACUAAAACUUUAUGGUGCUUUCUUAUCAUUUAAUGAGUAUAUAACUUUACACAUGCAUCCACCUUUGUAUCAACCUCUUGUAUAUGAAGAUAAUGUGAAUAUAUUGAAAAAUAUAUUUGGAAUUGAAGAAAGUCUACUGAUCACCAAAUGUUUCGUUCCAGUAACGACUGGUUAACAUCUGGUGCUUUUCAUAUUUACUUGUCCUUCCCUGACACGAAACAUUUCACGGGGGCAAAUAAAAAGGUGUAGUCGUUGAAGUAGCCAGGCCUUCGCGCUAGAUAGUGUUACAUCAGGAGCUCACAAUCUUAGUUUUAGUUCAGUAUGUUUGUCUGCAGGCGUCUUGCUCACCGGUGCAGUAUUUCCAGCCUGUCUCAGAAAGGUAGUUUACUGCCAGUGAGUCCCUUCUCUGUUUGAAGAGGUUCACCACAGUGUUGAAGAAGGACAUUGCCUCAUUAGAGUGCAGCACAGAUUUCCUGCUCAUGUCAGCAUCAUUUCCUUGAUACGGUUUUAUUUGCGUUGUCAUUUCCUGGCUUUACAUUGCUCUUGCGUCGUUCUUUAUGGAGAUAAAAGUGUCCACUCCAUUUCACUGUCAUUCUUGUUGUGAUUUUAAGCCGUUCAUUUGUUUAUUUUGAGAUAUAAUCGGUUACGUUAGAUCAGCACUCACUGUCUGCCCCUCAGCCCCACCCUCCAACACACACACACACACACACACUCACUCAACCCAAAUACAGUCUUAUAUAAGGUAACUCGUGACUUCCAGCCUUUGAUCAGUUCCCUCUCUGUGUGGCUUGCCUGUGGAGAGUCAGAACGUUUGGAUGAAUGUUUUUCUCUGGAAUUAGUCGAAGGCAUGUGAACAUUGCUGAUGUCAUGUUAGAGAAUGUGACACUCUGACCUAAGUUUUGCCCAAAUUAAAGCCAUAUGGAAUACAACCCCGAUUCCAAAAAAGUUGGGAUAAAAUACAAAUUGUAAAUAAAAACGGAAUGCAAUAAUUUACAAAUCUCAAAAACUGAUAUUGUAUUCGCAAUAGAACAUAGACAACAUAUCAAAUGUCGAAAGUGAGACAUUUUGAAAUUUCAUGCCAAAGAUUGGCUCAUUUGAAAUUUCAUAACAGCAACACAUCUCAAAAAAGUUGGGACAGGGGCAAUAAGAGGCUGGAAAAGUUAAAGGUACAAAAAAGGAACAGCUGGAGGACCAAAUUGCAACUCAUUAGGUCAAUUGGCAAUAGGGCAUUAACAUGACUGGGUAUAAAAAGAGCAUCUUGGAGUGGUAGCGGCUCUCAGAAGUAAAGAUGGGAAGAGGAUCACCAAUCCCCCUGAUUCUGCGCCGACAAAUAGUGGAGCAAUAUCAGAAAGGAGUUCGACAGUGUAAAAUUGCAAAGAGUUUGAACAUAUCAUCAUCUACAGUGCAUAAUAUCAUCAAAAGAUUCAGAGAAUCUGGAAGAAUCUCUGUGCGUAAGGGUCAAGGCCGGAAAACCAUACUGGGUGCCCGUGAUCUUCGGGCCCUCAGACGGCACUGCAUCACAUACAGGCAUGCUUCUGUAUUGGAAAUCACAAAAUGGGCUCAGGAAUAUUUCCAGAGAACAUUAUCUGUGAACACAAUUCACCGUAACAUCCGCUGUUGCCAGCUAAAACUGUAUAGUUCAAAGAAGAAGCCGUAUCUAAACAUGAUCCAGAAGCGCAGACGUCUUCUCUGGGCCAAGGCUCAUUUAAAAUGGACUGUGGUAAAGUGGAAAACUGUUCUGUGGUCAGACGAAUCAAAAUUUGAAGUUCUUAAUGGAAAUCAGGGACGCCGUGUCAUUCGGACUAAAGAGGAGAAGGACGACCCAAGUUGUUAUCAGCGCUCAGUUCAGAAGCCUGCAUCUCUGAUGGUAUGGGGUUGCAUUAGUGCGUGUGGCAUGGGCAGCUUACACAUCUGGAAAGACACCAUCAAUGCUGAAAGGUAUAUCCAGGUUCUAGAGCAACAUAUGCUCCCAUCCAGACGACGUCUCUUUCAGGGAAGACCUUGCAUUUUCCAACAUGACAAUGCCAAACCACAUACUGCAUCAAUUACAGCAUCAUGGCUGUGUAGAAGAAGGGUCCGGGUACUGAACUGGCCAGCCUGCAGUCCAGAUCUUUCACCCAUAGAAAACAUCCUAAUUUUUCUCUUUAAAUGAUGCAUUUUCUCAGUUUAAACAUUUGAUAUGUCAUCUAUGUUAUGUUCUGAAUAAAAUAUGGAAUUUUGAAACUUCCACAUCAUUGCAUUCCGUUUUUAUUUACAGUUUGUACUUUGUCCCAACUUUUUUGGAAUCGGGGUUGUAGAAGAGAGGCAAUGUUUUAUGUGAAACAGAAGAAUAAUACUAUGGACGCCAUAAGGAUAACUAACAGACACAUGAACAGUUCAAACACACACAGGGUAUGUCUUGGGCUCUGAUUGGCCAGCACGUGAUAUAUUUUGCAGGUUAUAAGACUUGGAAUGUAGUGUAGAGUAAUUGUGUUUCUAGUCAACAGCCAAAUCUUAGUAUUAUUUUUGUUUGUUGUGUAUCUGCUUGCUUUUUUAUUUUAUUUUUUAAUUCUGCUUCCCCACAACUUCACAAAGAGGGUUUGCUGUUCAUCUGUGCUCUCUGUUUCUCCAUUCUCCAGACUAAUGUCAGUGCUCAUUCAGCACGUUUACCCCCGACUCCGACCUCUGCCCCAAACUGCCCAUUUGCAAUGCAAUGCACUGCCCUACACGACUGAACAAACUGAACCCAGGGGUCAGAAUGAUUUCCUGAUAUUUUGUAUUGUAUUUCUGCCAAAGAUUGUUUUGCACUGUAUUGUAUGCCUCUCAACAAUAAUAAAAUGAACACAUUUGACAUAAAA